GAAAUCGUGAGCCGGUGCAAAGGAAGGAGCGGAGCGCGCCCAGCGGUGUCACUGCCGCUGCUGGCGACGCAGGUUCCCACUGCUCACCGCCCCCGACAGAGCCCAAUAUUCAUGUUCCUUUCCCUCACCCAUUCACACCGCGCGCGAUGACUGCAGUCAGUGUCCAACAACAAUCGGCCAGCAGUUAUCUGCUGCCGCUAUCGUCCGACGACAGCGAUUAUAACAGCGAGCAAGCAGCGGCCCAUCUGCGGCCAAAGGUCAUUCGCCGCGACACUGACAACAUUCUCUCCUAUUACCAGUCUGAGCAUGCUGGGCGGGCCUACACCGCCGCUGAUUCUGAUUCUGCCCCGGCGCCACCAAUCAUGAGGAAAGCGUCCACCGACUCUGGCUCAGAUUCGGAGUACUCGUCUGAGUCGCCAGACGACCAUUUCGAUGCACGGCCCUCUCGUAGCACACAACAUUACUUGGCGGCAGACUCAGAGCGGACGAGACGAGAGAGCGUGCCCUCGGAGGGCGGUGCGGACAGACGACGGCUGGCCAUCGUCGAGCUGGACUCAACGCUUCCCCUGUCGCUCUCGCGCAAGCGAAGCCAGGGCAUGAGGCAGCCUGGUUCUGAAGGUGGAGGUGCGCCUAUGACGUCCUCCAUUAUGUCGCGAAGGGGUGUCCACGUCGAUGGACUCGCACUCGUCGCUCCCCCCGACGCCUCCCCGAAGACCUACACUGAUCUCACGCCGCCAUCGACUGCUCCCCUCUUCGCGGACCGGAUCCCGUCCGCGUCGCACGGUGCUAUGCACAAUCGGUCGAUGUCUGAGGCGGAUGGCGCGGGUGUGCCCGGCAAGCUGCGACAUCAGCACAAGCGAUCGAGGGACGUAGGUAUUGUUGGGAUGUUGACGUCGGUUUCUGAGCCUCCAGGCCACGUCGGGACGGGAGGGCGCAGCGAGUUUCAGGUGCUAGUGCGGGACGAGGGUAUGAUGACUCCCAUCUUUCAGACUCCAACAGACUCGCGCACGCCGUCUCCAGGCAGGACGACUGAUACUUCGGAGCCAACCACCUCGAGUGCCGUGGACACGCCCAUUUCCGAACAGGGAGAGCAUGAGAUCGUGACUCCUGCGAUUGGUGAGGGAAAGGAUAUAUCGCAGCCCGUAGUCGGCCCCGUGAUCGUCGAUACCUCAGACGCUAUUCGACGAGGGCCGACGCGCACAACCACGUCGAGCAUGUCCUCUCCUGACGAGGCCUAUCCUAUGCAGUCGACGCAGUUCUACCAGCAACAUGCCCGUGGGUCAUCGCGAUACGUGCGCUACCAGCCUGUCGACGUGCAUCUCACUGCUGGGCCACUGCCACCGCCACCAAAGCCUUUGUUUCAUGCAGAAUCAACUGAUGGACUGCCUGCGGGUAGCUCUACCUGGUCGGCGCGGUCGCUUGCUGUAUCCCGGCCGAACACAGAACACGAUAUCCGCGCCCUUCGAGAGGCUCUGCAGCUGCCCAAAUCAGUGUCUGCUGCGCUGGCAUCUAUACCAACUCCACUUUCGCCGCAGCGCACCGCCACUACAUUGCCUGCAACGUCGGGGAGGGUGAGACAGGAGGCUGUGGAGGAAACUGGACUGUCAAGAGCGCUUUCGAAAGCGAAGUCAUUACACCGAAGAGAAGGCGCACACCCACCAUCUUCAGCGACGGACUCACCUGUCGUUCCUUCAGAUGAACCCGUCGAGCUUACCAAGAGCGGAACGGAACCUGCCACAGAGGCACAGACGAGUCCUACAUCCAUCGUUUCGUCAGUAUCCAGGGCUAGCAGCCGCAAGAGCAUCGACGUCGUGCCUCCUGCACCGCCCAAGGACAGGCCUCUCAAAAUCAGCAGGUCCGAUCUUGAGCUUCGUCGAGAAAGCAGUUGGUUGAGCCUCCGGAAGAAAAUCCGAGGUGGCUCGCCCAAUGGCAAGGCGGUGUAUAAUCCAAGCCCAAUCUCGCAUUCCUCAUCCUCAUCGUUGUCCGCACACUCACCCACUCCACCACCCAAGAGCGGCAGAUGCUCUCCGAUUGAUGAGCGACCAGCAGCUUCUUCGGGGACGGGAUCGAGCAGCAACCCGCUCAAGGGGGCGCUUUCGAACCUAAAGCGUUUCUCAGCGCUACCGCGCACGCCGUCAGCCACGUCGUCGGUGGCGAAGACGCCGAGCCCGCCGAGUCCUCCGCCGCAGCGGCUGAGGACGCCGUCGCCACCGCCUAUGUUGCUCCCGAAACCAAGGCCAAAACCCCGGUUCAAGUCACCGUGGCCAGAUGCAAUGCACUGCAGGGAUGUGACGUCACGAAAAUCCGCACUGGAGCGCUCAGUUGGAUAUGCUGAGAAGAUAAACGAACUCGCAUUGUAUGAUUGUGGCCUGGCGGAGUGGCUAGAUAUGCGUAGAGGCUUAGGACCUGCAUCUCGGGCAUCUCAGUCUAGAUUGAAUCUGGCGUCGGCACCCGCAACUCCUGCAAGCCGUUUUCUCGUGAUGCAGACACGACACUUCACCGGUGCAUCCGAGGCCUCUGAAGCCACCUUCCCGAUCCGCUCGGACGCAUAUACCGCUACAGAUCUAACGACCAGACCAAUUGAUGUCGUACCGACCAACACUCCCCCAGCCGCUCUCCCGUACCCGUCUUUAGCCAGUGUACAGCCUACACGGGCACCAGCUCGCUCGUCAUCCAUAAUAAAUCCUUCUCGUACAAUACUUCCGCUCGCCGGAGGCGGCUUUUUCUCGUCCAUCGGCAGGAUGAAGAGCGUCAAAAAGGAAAGGCCUUCGCUGCCGAUGUCGUCCCGGGCGCCCGCGAAACGUGGAGCGAAUGUGGACAUGGCAAGCAGGCCCGUGCCAGUAGCGGUCAUGACCAUGCCGACGGUUCCAGGAGGACCGCGCGCCGCACCAGGCCGGAUACAGCGCUCGCAGACCUUCUCCGCCAUGGGCCGUUCUCCUCCGAAUGAGUCUACCCCGCCUCCUAGUAACAAUAACCGUCGUUUGAGCGGCACGAGUCGUCGAUCGUCGAUUUUUUCUCGGCGGGGAGCGCAGACCCAAACACCCGUACAGACUCCUGCAACAGUGCAUCGGAGCCUCCCUCCUUUCAACCCGGAAUUUGAACGGCAGGUUGACCGCCUGGCGGACAUACUGCCGACCGCGGACAGGGACAUCCUAGCCGGCUAUUUGCGUAGAGCUGGGCAGGACAUGCUUGCUAUCGGACAGUACCUAGAGGAUGAGCGGAGUGGUAACCUUCGGCGCGAUUAGCAUGCUUGCUCUACUUGACCGUUCCUUCAGUCCCGUUUUCUUGACUUAUGCUUUUCCUCGCCCGUAGAGGGUCAUGUAACGAACUUGGACGCUGGAAUAAUGGACAAUGCUCCGAGCUCUGCGGCUACAAUAUGGUACUGUAUCUAUACCCUUCAGACAUCCUGUACUACUACACUCCAGACUCAUCCUACAGAACAUGGAUGCACAUAUUCAUUCUUGCCUGGAAAUAAAGAAGAAUAGCUUAACCUGAGA